UGGAAUCCAUUUCCUCUGAAAAAGAUAAGCAGGUAUCGGUUGACAAAAGGGUGCUUCGUAAGGAAAAUCAGAAAAAACAAAGGGAAAAGUUCAUUCAGGAAGUGUCCGAGGAUGAUUCGAUACCUUCAGUAUCUUCCCAAAGAGAAUCAGAUUCAAGCACCAAUUGUUCAAAUACUAUAGAUGAGCCAGGCUCAAAUUCUUUGAAUGUUUGUCUAGUGCAAACAGUACGAAGCUGUGAUCCCUUAGCAGUAGAGAUGGGAACGCCAACCUUUUCUCUUUUGUAUGAAAAGCUUUGUGAUGCCGUUGUCCUUGCUGAUCGUGCAACCCAAGAAGCUAUUUUGUGUUAUUGUCAAUUUGGGAAAGCUCUUAUUCAGAGACGAGGUGAGAUAGCAUCUGAAAAACAAGUUAACCCGGAAUCUAAUACCAUCAAUAAUAUGUCAGUUGACUACAGCAUUAAGAUAGAAUCGUCCACCUGUGCUCUACCAAAAGACACUUUGCUAAGCGAUGAGAAAAAUUCUGAAUUGUCACAUCCUGAUCUCGGUUCAGGAAGUGAUAAGAAAAAUUCUGAGUUGUCACAUACUUCUAACACAUCGGAGGAACAAGCACUUAAUACAUCUUUAAACGAAACUUCUCCUGAAAGUUGGUCUCUUGAUAAUCUGGCUGAAUGGUGCUACCUUAAUGUUUCAUGCGACAAAAAGAGAAUUUUGGAUAGGAUGAAAAAAAGUAUUCAAGAUGUGCGUGAUAAUCCUGUCUCAGACUAUGCUAAGCUGAAAGCCGAUUAUAUGUUCACGAAUCUAGAGGCAAGUAUUAGUCUUCAUUUGGCACAUUUCGGGACUGUUGGUCGUCUGGGUGUUGAACUGUUGCCUUGGAAAUCGAAUAAAAACAAGGGCGAUUAUUUCAAAUGUUUAGAGGAUCUGAAGAAAAUAAGAGAUAACGAAACCCUUCAACUGGCACGAAUAAAAAGCGAAGAAAAUAUACGAAUGGCUAAAGUCAAGUCGAAACACUUGCAAGAACAUACCACCACAGUAGUGGAAUUCCAUAAGAACAUCGCCGAUGAUCUCACCACUAUUGAUCGUGAUGUGAAGCCGACAAAAAAGAAAUCGUCUAGAAAAAGAAAAACAAUAAAUUAUGCCGAAAGUUCAGAGGAAAAUCAUUCAUCGGAUGCAGACUACACGGAGAAACCCAAGAAAAAAAAGGAAUCAGGAUCAAAGCGAUUACGAGGAAAAGCGAACUGUGAUGAUAUGGACAAAGGUGACAUUAUCGUAGAAACUUCAGAGACACCAGAAGAUAAUACUUCGCAUGAAAUUACUCCAGGCACAUCCCAACAAUCCUCGAUACCACCAGAAAUUUCAGAAUUACUGACACCAUCAGGACCAGAAGAUACUACUUCGCAUGAAAUUACUCCAGGCACAUCCCAACAAUCCCCGACACCAUCAGAAAUUUCAGAAGAUAUUACUACUUCGCGUGAAGGCACACCAUGUCCAGUCAUCCAAUCGAUCCAACAGACAUCAUUAAAUACUAUUUCUAUUUCGCAUGAUACACCACGUUCAGUUAUUCAAUCGACCCAACAAGCCUCAAUUUUUACACCGCAAAAACCUAUCAUAACAAAAACUAUGUAUGAUAGAUAUUCACCAUACCUCAUUUGCGCAUUUAACGCAACAAUAAAUUACAUCGAGGAAUCUGUUGAAGAGGGAGUCUAUAUAGAAAUAAAAAAUCUAUUACAAGCAAAAGACCGACUUAUUUUGCAAGAAACAAUUGUUAAUAAGCUGGAUGCGUUAUUUGAAACAGAAUACACAAAGAUCGAGUCAAAAAUCAUUUCGGAAACAGAAAUUAACGGCGACAACCAGACAGAGGAAGCAAGAUUUAAUUUCUUCAUAAGGGACACACUCCUAGAUUUCGUCGCAAACUUCAGGUACAGAAUGCCGAGAGUUUUAGACCGUGAAAUCUCUGAAAGAACAUAUAUUGUGGAAUCUCUUUCACCUAUAUUCCGUGCAUUCCGAAAUGCAUUUCCGGAUAUUAAAUACGAUUGGAUCGAAAAAAACGUUGCUUCAAUAAAAGAGGCAAACAAUAUGUUUGCAGAUGAUAUCAGUCCACGAAAAACGGAUCUACUUGUCAUACGUUUAUCAGACGGAUUAGAAAUAAUGAACACUGAAGUCUCUGGACCUCCCUUUAAAGUUACACGAGAACACACAGUCGGAGAUGCUAAAAAGUUGCUUAUGAUGUCUCUAUGUAGCCUUUGCCGAAUGCUUGGAAAUAACCUAGAUUGCAGUAUCGAAAUUGCUAAAGAAAUAAAAUCAUACAGCAUUCAAAUUAUUGGGGAUCGUCUUACGUUGUUCUCAGUCUCUCUCAUAGGCAAAGAGAAGUUCUUGGCCGUCGAACUGGUUUCUUGCUUGAUUCCGUUUUCAUUCGAUGCAAUUCAUUAUUAUACAAAAAUAUUUAAUUUCUUCAUGACAAUUCGAACUGAGUUUGUGAAUCAGGAGAAGUUACGGAGAAAAAUGUACUCUUCCGCUCUAGUUGACAAUUCUGAGAAGGUACGAGAUUGGCUACUCUUACCUGAUGAUUACUUUUUCUAUGAUCUAAAACCUCUACCAGAGGACAUAGAUGAAGUCAUUGUAAUAUGA